CAAAAACGUGUGUAAGAGUGUGCAGAUUCUAACCUUUAAAGUAAUAUAUAUUUGUAAUUGAUAAUUAUGAGAAAGUAAUAACAAUGAAUAAAAUGUUGAAAUCAAUGAAAUUUGGAAAGAAUGCUUUCCUGAGAAUUAGAAAUUCAAGAACACAGAGAAGAUUAUUUCUUACAGAAGCAUAUCAGUGUCAAGAAGCAUGGAAUCGUAGACUCGAAUCACCUAUAUUGCAACAAUUAAAACCGGCAGAAUUUUAUUUGGAAUUGGAAUCUAAAUAUAAUAAUUUUGGUAAAGUUAGUGCAGUUGACAUAGACAUAUUUGCUAAUAUUAUUAGUGAAAAAUCUGAAGGGAAUGAACUUAUGGAUUUGCUUUACAAAUUAAGAAUGUCCGCUGAGGCUUGUAAUAUUUUAGAUUCUACGCAUCAUGCUGUUAUACGUUUCUUUCUCAAACAUAAUAAUAUCGAUGAUCUAUUUGAAAUAUUAAAUGAUAGAUUAAAUUAUGGUAUUUUUCCUGAUCAUUAUUGUUACAAUAUGCUCAUGAACAAAUUCAUAAAAGAUAAGAAUUUUGCAUCAGCAGCUAAGGUAGCAGGAUUGUUGAUGCUUCAAGAAGAUUCUGCUCAUCCGUUAUGCAAUGUAUUGUCUGUAUAUUCUUGUCAUAAGUAUUUAGAAAAUCCUAGCGAUUGGAAAAUACCUGAAAUUAAGGAAGAUGAUACUACGGAAGAAAUUCGAAUACGCGUACCAUAUAUAAGGAAUCCAUAUUUCGAUGAUCAUUUUGAUCUCAUUGAUCCAUUCAAAAUCGUUGGUAAAACUUUAGUAUUUCAAGGUAAACAAAUGAAUAAUUCUUUAGGAAGAACUUGUCAAUUAAGAGGAAUGAUUCUAUAUCAAAAAUAUGCUAAAGCGAAAGAACUUAUAAACAAGUGGUUAAUCGAAAUCAAGGAAGAUAUUGUUCAUGAAGAAGUAUUUGAUUUGAUUAAGAAAGACAAUGCAAAUAUUCCUGAAGAUCAAAUAACAGAAGAAUUUAAAGAUUUACUAAUUGUCAUAGAUACAUUAAAAAAUAAUAAUUUACAUAAAGAAAAUUUAAUCGAAAGGAUAGAAAAUGAAGUUAAGUCUGCAGUUGAUCAAUGUACAGAAACAGAUAUAUCUGAACAAAAAGAGAUCUUCCUCGAAUGGGAGAAAAUUAGAGGAGAAAUAUUGAAGGAACAACAGAUAUUACUAGAUAAACAAUUACGAUUAGAAAAAAUACAGAAGAUUAAAGAGGAGUUAGAAAAGAAAGAGAGAUUAUUAACAUUCUUUGAAAAUGAGGAAAACAUAGAAUUGGAAAUCGAGAAAAAGCAAGCAAUAAUAAAAGAGGAAGAUGAGAGAUUAGCGAGGAAGCCUAAAGCGUUACAGAAAUUAAAUAGAUUGAUAGAAGAAGAAGCUUAUACACCGCCAACUAUUUAACAUUUGCAAUAUAUCGUUGACUUUUCAUUAAAAUAAAAUAAAUAUUAUGUAACAUAAUAUAAUGCAGUACAUGCAGUAGAGAAA